GGCUUCUUCUCUUGUCGAACUGGGCUGGGUCGGGAGGCGUGUCGCCGCCGCCGCUCAGGCCGAGGCCGCCGCCGCCGCCUCCUUUUCCGGGUCCGCUGCGGCGGCGAGUGAACCAGCGAGGGAGGCGAGGGGGGAGAAAAAGAGACCGAGCAGGCCGGCCUCGCCGGCUCGGCUCUGCGCCGCGGCCCUCCUGGCGCCGCCCUCGUCGCCCUUCUUCCCCGUCUCGCUGCUCCUGCUGCUGGGCCGCUGCCGCCCGCCCGCCCGCCUCAGCACCACCACCACCACCCCCCGCCCGUCGCGCCGCCUCUCCCCUGCCGCCAUGCCCGGCCCAGCCGCCGGCAGUAGGGCCCGCGUCUACGCUGAGGUGAACAGCCUGAGGAGCCGCGAGUACUGGGACUACGAGGCCCACGUCCCGACCUGGGGUAAUCAAGAUGAUUAUCAACUUGUCCGGAAACUCGGCCGGGGGAAAUAUAGUGAAGUCUUUGAAGCUAUUAACAUCACCAACAAUGAGCGAGUGGUUGUGAAAAUUCUUAAGCCAGUGAAGAAAAAGAAGAUAAAACGAGAAGUUAAGAUUUUGGAGAACUUACGAGGUGGAACCAACAUCAUCAAACUGGUCGACACUGUUAAGGAUCCAGUGUCGAAGACUCCAGCACUAGUAUUUGAAUACAUCAAUAAUACAGAUUUUAAGCAACUAUACCAGAUCCUGACAGACUUUGAUAUUCGGUUUUAUAUGUAUGAAUUGCUCAAGGCCUUGGAUUACUGUCACAGCAUGGGGAUCAUGCACAGAGAUGUCAAACCUCACAACGUUAUGAUUGACCACCAACAGAAAAAGUUGCGGCUCAUAGACUGGGGCUUGGCAGAAUUCUACCAUCCAGCUCAGGAAUACAACGUCCGUGUGGCCUCAAGGUACUUCAAAGGGCCGGAACUCCUCGUGGACUACCAAAUGUACGACUAUAGCUUGGACAUGUGGAGCUUAGGCUGUAUGCUAGCAAGUAUGAUCUUCCGAAAAGAGCCUUUCUUCCACGGCCAAGACAACUAUGACCAGCUGGUUCGCAUUGCGAAAGUGCUGGGUACAGAUGAAUUAUACGGUUAUCUGAAGAAGUACCACAUAGAACUGGACCCACACUUCAAUGACAUCUUGGGACAGCAUUCACGGAAACGUUGGGAGAACUUCAUCCAUAGUGAGAACAGACACUUGGUCAGCCCUGAAGUCUUGGACCUUCUGGACAAACUCCUGCGAUAUGACCAUCAACAGAGGCUGACUGCCAAAGAAGCUAUGGAGCACCCCUAUUUCUAUCCAGUUGUGAAGGAGCAGGCCCAGCCCAGCUCCGACAGUUCUGUGCUCUCCAGUGGCCUAACAGCUGCACGAUGAAGUUUGGGAAACGACGGGUAAUUCCAGAGGUUUACAAAUACACCUUCAGUCCCCCAGGGAAAGGGUGAACCAAACCCAUGCGUUCAGCAGAAGCCUCGUCUUGAAGGGGGGUCAGGGCUUCGCCUCCAUCUCUCUUCAGCACUUAUGGCUACCCUAAGUUUCUCCUUGUGUUACCAAAGCCCUGACAUCAGACAGUGAGCAAGAUUUGUGUGGAUAUGGUGUGCGCUGCACCAGUGGGCUCUGGGUGAUUCUGCAGUUUCCUACACCCCCUCUUCUAACUGGCCAUUUUUCCUGUUCUUCCAUCAGGCAACUUUUGGAUCCCCACCCCCACCCCCACCCCCACCCCACCGGAAUGUAGCAUGCACUCCACUAAAACAAGCCUUUGUGUCAUUAGGCAUAAUCAAAAGCAAGCCCAGCAAGUGGUGGGUGUCACUCCUGUUUCCUCCUGAUCUCAAUUCGACCCUCAACAUCCCCCCCCCCGCCCCCCCGAGUUUUUUAAGCAGCACAUUUUGGAAGUGGUUCGAUUCAAUCAGGCCGGUAUUCUUCAAAACACAUUUAGAACAGGCAGCUGUUGAGGAGAAUCCUCAUUGUCCCUUUCUUUGUAGGGAAGGGUCUACUUUAGCAGGAGAAAAAACUGAAGGAGCUUCCUGUAGUUCUUGUGUGGCAAGACGUAUUAGCUAGAAAAAAACCGUGUUGUAAUUCCCAGCGAUGUGCAUUUUUCAGGAUUGUUUUGAUUCCAGCAGCUUCACGGUGUGUGGAGAUGUAAAGAGGCCAUGCGGGCAAGGAGGCCAGCAGGAAACUUUGGAAGCCAGAAACAGAGGGGGCUGUUCAGGUGUACAGCUCCUGUAUCCAGGGUUUAGAUUCCCGUAGUUGUUUUUACAUGACAGUCCAGUGUUGGAGCUGUUCCUUUGGGGAAGGGGUAUGAGAUGCUGCGUAUUGUUUUUUUUCCAUUUGGGUCUCUUUCUGAGCCCCAUAGUUAUUGUUUUGGAGGGGGGAUUAUCUUACGCGACUCCGGUGACCUCAGAAUUAAGUCCGCAGUUUCUGUCGCCGUGCCUAAGUGCAGAUUCCCCCCUCCUUUCAUUGCAUUGUUAAAUAUUUAAUUUAACUAAUAAGGUUAGACUGUCUUUAUUUGAAACAUCUGUUUACAUUCCACAUCCCAAGAACAAGUUAGCAUUGAUAUCAGGUCAGAUCCACUUGUACAAUUCACUGGAACCAAUAAAUCUCUCUAAAUACAAA